AUGACACGGGGCAAGGACGCGAAGAAAACUGCGAUAAGAAAUGGUAAACAGGAAAGCGAGAAGACGUGUGGAAACGGAGAGCUGCCACAGACCGCGGAGGGAAGACAAAAGAGAAAGUUAGUGAGCUGCUCUGGUAGCUUACAGGUGAAUUCAGCGGGUGCGCAACUGAACCAAACCGACCACCCAGGCCACCAUGUCAGUGAUGAGCGGCCCGAGAACGAUGACAUGCAUGAACUCCCCACAGUACUUAACCUAAUAGUUCAGAGAUACGAAGGGGAAACCUGUGAAGGCCAGUUUCAUGGAGAGGCUGUGGCUUGUUUUGAAGGAGGCCAUAUGUACAAGGGCAUGUUUACCAAGGGACUUAUGGAUGGACCUGGUGUCUUCACAUGGGCAGACGGAUUGAAAUAUGAGGGAGAAUUUGUGCGCAACAUGCCCAUGGGCCAGGGUGCCUUCACCUGGCCAAAUGGCAGCUCCUAUAAGGGAGAAGUCUACAAGGGUGUACGACAUGGGACUGGAACUUACAAAUGUGCCAAAAACGGUGUGUCAUACAGAGGGCAUUGGCAUCAGGGCAAGAGGCAUGGAAAGGGUGAAGUGUAUUAUAACCAGGCUAAGACGUCUUGGUACAAAGGAGAUUGGGUGAAGAACAACAAAGAGGGAUUGGGAGUCAGAUGCUACCCCUCUGGUAACAUUUACUCUGGUGAGUGGAAGAACAACCUGAGACAUGGACAGGGCACGAUGAGGUGGCUGAAGCAGGAACAGCUGUAUAUUGGGAUGUGGCAGGAUGGAGUCCAGCAUGGGCGAGGAACACAUGCUUGGAUCCUGAGGCGAGCGAAUGGAUCCCAGUAUUCCCAGAGUAAUCAGUACACAGGGGAUUUCGUUCAGGGUCAGAGGCACGGACAGGGAACAUUUUGCUAUGCUGGUGGUGCAACCUAUGAAGGAGCAUGGAAGAACAAUAAAAAACAUGGGAAGGGAAAAUUCACAUUUAAGGAUGGGCAUGUUUUUGAAGGAGAGUUUGUGGACGAUCAGAUGAUGACACCCAACUUGAAUGGAAACAGAACUCCCACUCCUCUGUGCGGCGCAUUUCCGCUGUCAGGUUGUGAUUCAUCUGUCUUAGGACCGAACAUGGCUCUGAACAUUGAAUAUGUUCUGGAUAAAAUCCCUGAGAGAAAGCGUGACACUGAGCGCAAACAGGUGGAGUUUGUGUUACUGAGGAAAGACACGGAGCUACGGUCCAUCUAUAGUUUCUACAGCAGACUUGGCCGUGCCCACUCCCCGGAUAACACUUUCCUGCUGACCCGCCUGCAGCUCUGGCGCCUGCUCAAAGACUGUAGUAUUCACCAUCACGACAUCACUCUGGCUCAGAUGGACCAUUUUAUCAAAGAUACAACUACAGAGACUCACUCUCCUUUUACCCCAAUUCCACUUCGUAGGCUCCUCAGCUGUCUAGUGAUCGUGGCCUACCACAUCUACAAUAAAGACAUGGUGUCACAAAAGUACAUUCUGGCUGCCUGCUUAUCCAAACUGAUGACAGACAACAUCCUUCCUAAUGCUAAGAAUGUAAAAGGCUUCCUGUUUGGACAACCAGGCCUCCCAGUGGUGGCUAUGAACUACACAAAGAGGUGCUGGGAAGUCUAUCAGGAGUACUGCAGAUACCAUGCAGCCCCCAGAGAUGACCAGACCAUGACCUGCAGACACCUGCUGUGGAUGUUCAAGGAUCUUCAUCUGUUGGACAAUGAGCUGACUACAGCGAGGUUACUGAGGAUCAUCACUGCAGAGAGCCAUGACCCCAACAACCUGUCCUCCUGCCUCGAUCUGGAGAUUACAUUCCUGGAGUUUUUUGAGGUACUUCUGGGUUGUUCUGAAGUGAAGUCUCAGCCGGCUUCUCAGAGCCUGGAGGAACGGCGGUCCCUUUCCAGAUCUAAUGCUGAGACCAGGACAGAUCUUGCCGAGGUGGAGGCCAGCGAGAAAGUCUUACAGACUACAAGCAGCCCUUCCCAGUCGAUACAGAAAUUCAGUGACAACACAGAAUUAUCCCCUGUUCAGAGCAUCUUGGAGAGUCAACAAGAUGUCAAGACUAAAGUCAACAAACAAUCACAGUCUGGAGAGCACAUGAAAGAGCAUAUAGGUGAGGUAAAUGGCAUUCAAACCAGAGGAACGGAGGCCAGAGACCGGACAAUUCAUCAGUUCUUCAACCACCUUUUCUUCCCUGCGUUUGACCAUCACCAGUUGGGGACUAAAAACAUGAAGAUAAAUUCUGGCAGGAGGCCGAGUUGCAUCAGUCUAGCUGAGGCCUAACAAAGAGCCAGGCAGAAGGAGCAUUCAGAAGCCUCUGAAUGUCAGUGGAAGAUAAAGAUGCAGUAAUAAUGCCGGCAGCAGAAAAACCUGAUGAAAAUAGGAAGAAGCCAACCGUUCUGCAGCCAAACUCUUCAAACAGUCCAAAAAUAA